AUGGUAGCAAAGAAGAUAUUACAACAAAAUAUUAAGAUACAAGCAACAGACAGACAAGUUACAAAGUUUACCCUCUGCGUUCCUUAUUUGGAUACAUGUCCUAAUAUUGACAACUUGAUACGUUUCCUCUCUAGAAAUGCCAUUCAACACCUUGUUCUUAAACUUCCAAUCAGGGGUCGUCCAUACAAAUUGCCGUCUUCAUUUUUCACAUGUUUCCAGUUAAGGCAUCUGACUCUCCAGAAUUGUUCAAUACCUGAUCAACCAUCCUUCGAAGGAUUUGAUAGGUUAAUUAGCCUAGAACUACGUGAUGUUACGGUUUCUUCCAAGUUGCUUGAACGUUUAAUCUCUCGUUGGUUGUUGCUCGAGCAGUUGGUGCUGCAGAUCUCAGGUGCUUCAAGCGAUGUCAUUGAAAUUAGCGCUCCAAUUCUGAGAUCCUUUGACUACACAGGCAAUAUAAGAUCUGUCUGUUUAAAAAAUAUCCCUCGUCUGGCAAAGCUUUCACUUUCGCAUAGGGAAUAUUAUGUGGGAGCAGGAAAAUGUAAUAUUGCCAAGUUUUUUGAGUCUUUCUCUGCCCUCGAGUACCUCCACUUGAAUGACAAGAUAAAUUUCUUUGCUGCAGGAGCAGGUGAAGUACCAACAAGGCUUUCUUAUGAUCUUUAUUGUGUCAAACAUCUCCGCAUAUCUAGCAUAUAUCUGUCUGACUCAAACGAGGUUUCAUGUGCCCUUUGCUUGAUACGAAGCUUCCCGAAUUUACAAUCUAUGGAAAUUAAGGUGGAGUCUGAUGACCAUGAUAUACCAGCUCUAGAAUCUCUUGAAGUGGAACACUUCUCAGAUGUGACGUUUAAUCACCUCAGAGAAGUUAAGCUAAUGCAAACUAAUGGCACAGUCCCUGGCCAAGUCUCCCGAGCUGAUGAGAAUUCUAAUCGAGCCAUGUCUAGUUGA